GGCACGCAGUUCAAAAGGGGCGUGUGGCAUCGACCUAUUUAUAUCUAUGGUUUAGCAAUGACGCUAACAAGUCCGUUUUGCUAUAUGUCGGCUGCAUUUUACGACGACACUUCCCAAAUCAUGUUACUCGUGUCCAACUUAAUUCUAAUGACACAUGUUUCAAGUUUAAAGGAUUAAAAAGAUGGAAACGAACGUGUCGAAGAGACGAGACAACAAGAAGCCGCUCCGCGUGAAGCUAAUAAGCCUCGGGAAUGCUGAAGUUGGAAAGAGUUGCAUCAUUAAACGUUACUGUGAGAAGAGGUUUGUUCCCAAAUAUUUGGCCACUAUUGGAAUUGACUAUGGGGUUACCAAGGUGCACGUUCGUGACAGAGAAAUCAAGGUCAAUAUCUUCGACAUGGCUGGCCAUCCAUUCUUCUACGAAGUGCGGAAUGAGUUCUACAAGGACAGCCAGGGCGUGCUGCUGGUGUACGAUGUGGGUCUCCGGGACAGUUUCGAUGCCCUCGACAGCUGGCUGGGCGAAAUGAAACAGGAAAUGGGCUCUCAGGCCAACAUGGACAGCAUUGUGUUUGUGGUCUGCGCCAACAAGGUGGACCUGUUGAAGCGGCGAGUAGUGGACGAGGGGGAGGGGCGUCUAUGGGCGGAGUCGCGGGGCUUUCAUUACUUUGAGACGUCGGCACAAAGUGGAGAAGGUAUCAACGAGAUGUUCCAGGCCUUCUUCUCCUCCAUCACUGACAUGUGUGAGAAUGGCGGUAAGCGACCUGUCACGGAGGUCAGCGUAGGCUUCACCAAAGAGCAAGCAGACACUAUCAGACGUAUCAGAAACAGCAAGGACUCCUGGGAUAUGCUGGGCGUCAAACCCGGCGCCACACGGGAGGAGGUCAACAAGGCGUAUAGGAAGCUGGCGGUACUGUUACACCCAGACAAAUGUGUGGCCCCCGGGAGCGAAGACGCUUUCAAGGCGGUGGUGAACGCGCGCACCUCACUGCUGAAGAACAUCAAAUAACACCAACACACACAACGCAUCCAGUUACACUGUUCUUAAUUUAUCAGCACUUUGCGUUCCACCUCUUCUGUGCCAUGUUACUCUCUGCCAACCCCAAUUUACGACAUCUCUCAAUGCGUGCACGUCCGUAUGCGUAACAGCUUACAUUUAACAUUGUCAUCUCACUAGUAGAAUUUCUAGUAGCAGGUUUUUUACAUUUAAAAAAAAAAAAAAAAUUUUUUUAGACGUUUGUCAUUUCUUUUUGCAUUUGUAGCAUGUUUGUGAGCAUGGUGCCAUCAGUUGUGUCACGAAAAGCAGGACAAAGGUCAGUGUUAAACUUGAUUCUGUCGACGUAAAUGCCAGUAAUGUUACAAAGUUAAAGGUCAUUUAUCCUGAAUUCAUAUAAUUUAUUAUUACAUUUGGAUAGUUACAUGGAUUAAACUCUAGCUCCAAAAUGUUUUUGUAUUCUGAUUAAAUGCAAAUGCAUUAGUUUGCCUUGCUAUUCAUGCAUGUUUGUAUUUAAAGGAGGCAUCUGCAUUCUUUUUUUUUAAACAAUUUUAAACAAUUCCCAACUGUCUUAACAUGCCUGGGAUAUGCUUUCAUCAAAAUCGGCCAAUAUACAGGUAUGUGCUCCAAAAUUAGAUACAUACAACAUACAAGUUUCACUUUUAGAAACAAAUUCUUAAAAUAAAUGGACUUUCCCUUUGUAUUCAAAAUUUUUGGCACAUAUCUGUACUUCUUUCCGAAACAGUCUUUUUGAGGGGGCGGUCGUAACAUAAAAAUGAGCGACAAUUCACCCCACUUGCUCUACCGUGGAACCAAUGGCUAGUACAGCUUUUGUAACAAUAACAACCGGGGGCAGAGCUAAUGGGUUACGGCAAUGCAUGUGGCCUCUAAUUGCCCCCAAGAAAAAAACGUCCUUAAAAACAAUAAAAGCAUUUUCAGUCAUGGAGGCAGCACUUCACACACUACACUUCACACGUCGCAUGUACUUCCGGGUGGCAAGAACUCCGCUGUCACCGCUAUUAAACAAACCCAUUUACUUUUCAACAGAUAAGUUUAUCUGAAAAUAGAAAUGGUAGAAACUCAGACAGAGGGCCUCUGGAAAGUCAAAUCUCCUAACUUUUAUACAACCUUUCGUUAACCUUUAUGGAAAAAGUCAUACGGUCAAGACAAAAUGAAAAGGUGCUUCACAAAGACAGGAUUGUUUCAAAAGAAUUUCACUCCCCUUAACCAAGGGGUGUAACGAUUUAUCCACUUCAUUGAUGUAUCGAUUUAUAUUCCUAUGAUCCUGCUACAUUGAACCUUGUUCGGAACCUUGGCCUUCCGGGUGAUAUAUAUCGAUCUAAAACUGUUUUUAAAUGUAAUCAAUCCUUUGUAUCGAUACUAGGAAAUAAUGCAUUGGAUUUAAGCACAGCAGACUUUAUAUGGAUGGACCUGUGUGUGUGUGUGUUUUAGCACUUUUAAUGAAAAAGACUGCACACAAGCAGACGGCAAAACAGCAUGGUGAGGAGGUGGCGUCAAACAGGAAAUUAUUAGGCCACCAUAUGGUCCAGUGUGUGGAAACACUUUUCCCUUUAGCAAAGACGGAAACGUUCGAAAUAAAUUGCUUGCUGUGUCUGCAACCACCUACGAAGGUGCCAUUAGAUUUCACACAAAAGCAAAACCACAAAAGCAGCAGAGCAUCAGUUGUAGGCUGUCACUUUACUCUCAAUAGCAUGCUUCUGGCUACGUCAACACAAGCACAAAACAUCAGUAUGGGAUCUAUGUAUUCCCAGCACAAGUGUGCCAGCAGAAAGAGUUUUUAAUACUGCUGGCAACAUAGUGAGCACACAGAAGUGUCGUGACCAGAUUAUAUUGAUCAGUUGAUAUUUUUGAAAAAAAAAAAAUUUGUAGUCAUGGAAGAAUAGUUUGUUCAACUUGAUCUUUUGUUAGAUAUUAGUGCAUUUGUUUGUUUGUUAAAAUUAGAUUACUAGCAGGGUCAACCACUGCUCAUUUAACGUGAAGAGAUGUUGGUUGCACUUUUUUUUUUAAUAUUAAUAUUGUAUUUGUGUUGUAUCCAUGUUAAAAAAAACAUCAGAAGUAGCAGGUAAGCCUACUGUUAAUCCAAACUGGAGAUGUUAUUUGUACUUUAUUCAAAUAAAGUGUGAAUGCAUUAGCAAUUAAUUGUUGUUUAUUAUAUCCACAAUUAAGUUGACAUGAUUCCCUUACAAGAAACAACAGGAAUCGAGGAAAUUUCCCCUGCACUGUCCGGUAUGCAGGCAUUUAUUUCACAGUCAUACUGGUUAAAGGUUUGGCUAAAAAGUUUCAAUUCAAUUUAAAGCCACUUUAUGGUUUUGGAUCAUAUGCUAAAUGAACCAAUAUCGUCCUUGAAUCAGAUCGCCAACCACGAAUAGUGGUUCUAAUUGUUGUUAAAACUAAUCGUUUCUAGAAUCUGAAUAGUUAACCUGAUCACGGAAGGACCAGCUCUACACCCUCGGCAGGGUCCUCGAGGGUGCAUGGAAGUUCACCCAACCAGUCUACAUAUGUUUUGUGGACUUGGAGAAGGCGUUCGACCGUGUCUCUCGGGGGGUCCUGUGGGGAGUGCUUCGGGAGUAUGGGGUACCGAACCCCCUGAUACGGGCUGUUCGGUACCUGCACGACCAGAGUCAGAGUUUGGUCCGCAUAUCCGGCAGUAAGUCGGACUCGUUCCCGGUGAGGGUUUGACUCCGCCAAGGCUGCCCUUUGUCACCGAUUCUGUUCAUAACUUUUAUGGACAGAAUUUCAAGGGGCAGCCGAGGCGUAGAGGGGGUCCGGUUUGGUGGCCUCAGUAUUGCCUCUCUGCUUUUUGCAGAUGAUAUGGUUCUGUUGGUUUCCUCAAGCCGUGAUCUCCAACUCUCACUGAAGCAGUUCACAGCCUAGUGUGAAGCGGCUGGGAUGAGAAUCAGCACCUCAGAAUCUGAGACCAUGGUCCUCAGUCGGAAAAGGAUGGCAUGCCCUCUCCAGAUCAGGGAUGAGAUCCUGCCCCAAGUGGAGGAGUUCAAGUAUCUUAGGGUCUUGUUCCCAAGUGACGGCAGAAUGGAACGGGAGAUUGACAGGCGGAUCGGUGCAGCGUCUGCAGUGAUGCGGACUUUGUAUCGGUCCGUUGUGGUAAAGAAGGAGCUAAGCCGAAAGGCGAAACACUCAAUUUACCGGUCAAUCUACGUUCCUACCCUCACCUAUGAGGUGGCUGGGGCAUCUGAUUCGGAUGCCUCCCGGACACCUCCCUGGUGAGGUAUUCCGGGCAUGUUUUUAUGUAAAUCAAAAUAAACAUAAACCUUUUGGGGUAUAUUACACAGCACAAGGCCAAAACUACCAGUUUUUGUCAUCGUCUUCUGUUCAAGUCAGCGUUAGUCAAUCACUUUUUGCCUCCCGGAAGUAUCCAAGCGACUAUUAUUUACAAACUUUGUGAAAAGCUCCAUUAGUGUAGCAGAUCCGUUCAUACAGCGGGCACUUUGGCAAACACAAACAACCCCCAUUGCCCUCCAUGUUGAAAACAUCACUGAGCAAUCGCAUACAGAGUGUAUGGUCCUUUUGAGAAGCUACAGCUGUUGGCUAAUCCUAAUGUACUAAUCACGCAGAACUCAGUGCAGCUGGGUUUACCUUUUGGCCUUGGCUUAGUGUUUCAGAAAGUGUUGUCCAAGUCAUGGUUGACAAUUACUGUGAGGGCAGUUAAUUAUUAUGAACAGGCUGCACUGUUACAUUACAAACUGUCAACAUUUUGAAAGGCUCCCUCACAGACACAUUUCCAGAAAUAUGGACCUCACAGCAGAUUCACUUCUUGUUUUUGCUACCCUCCUCCAAUCGCUGUUGUCUGUUCUUGUGUGUGUGUGUGUGUGUCCAUUUUUCCGCAAUGAAACUCUAGAUGGGAGCUGGAAAAUGUAGUCAUGUUUUAUGUUUUUCACAAAUCUACCGGAAUUAAUUUAUGCUCAUCCAUCCAUCCAUUUUCCGUAUUGCUUAUCCUCACUAGGGUUACGGGUGUGCUAGCGCUUAGCUCAGCUGACUCUGGGCGAGAGGCUGAACUGGUCGCCAGCCAAUCGCAGGGCACAUAAACACUGCUGUGAAGAAGAAUUGGCUCACUUCACAGAUUCUUAGAUUUUUGCAUAGUUUCCUCACUUUGAUGUUGAAGAUCAUCAAACAAAUGUAAAAAUCAAGACAAAUAUAACCUAAGUGAACUUAAAAUGCUGAAAAAAUGCGGAAAAAUAUAUAUUCAAAGUUACCUGGCUAAGUGUGAAAAAGUAAUGGCGCCCUAAACCUAAUAACUCAUCCAUCCUCAGCAGCAACAACUGAAAUCAAGCUGUUUCUACAACUGGCAAUGCGUCUUUCACAUCUCUGUGGAGAUAUUUUUGGUCCACUCUUCUUUGCAGAAUUGUUUGAAUUCAGCAAAAAUGGAGCGUUUUUGAGCACGAACGGCCUUUUUAAGGUCAUGCAACUGCAUUUCAAUCAGAUUCAAGUCUGGACUUUUACUAGGCUCCUCCAAAACCUUCAUUUUGUUUUCUUAAGGCAUUCAGAAUUUGAAUAGCUGGUAUGUCUUGGCUUGUUAUCCUGGUGCAGAACCCAAGUGCACUUCAGCUUGAGGUCACAAACUGAUGGCUGAACAUUCUCCUUCAGGAUUUUCUGUUAAAGAGCAGAAUUCAAGUUUUUCAGAUCCUGAAGGAGCGAAGCAGCCCAAGACCAUAACACUACCGCCGCCAUGUUUGACUGUUGAUAUGAUGUUCUUUUUCUGAAAUGCUGUGUUACAUGUGCGCCAGAUGUAACGCGAGACAUAGCUUCCAAAAAGCUCAACUUUCAUCUCUUGGGAAUCUUUCAGAUGUUUAUUUUGCAAAGGUAAGACGAGCCUUUAUGUUCUUUUUGGUCAGCAGUGGUUUUGGCCUUGUAACUCUGCCAUUGAUGCCAUUUUUGCCCAAUCUCUUCCUUAUUAUUGUGUCAAGAACACGGACAUUAACUCAGGCAAGGCAGGCCUGUAGUUCAUUAGAAGUUGUCCUCAGUUCCUUUGUGACCUCCUGGAUGAAUCAUUGCUGCUCUCUUGUUGUAAUCUUUGUAGGCCGGCCACUCCCGGUAAGGUUCACCACAGUUCCGUGUUUUAUCCAUGUGAGGAUAAUUGCUCUUCCUCUGGUUCGCUGGAAUCUUAAAGCGUUAGAAAUGGCUUUUACCCUUUCCAGACUGAUAGAUGUCAAUUGCUUUAUUUCUUGACUGUUUUGGAAUUUCUUUGGAUCGUGUCGUUUUGUUGCAGGUUUUUUUAGAUCUUUUGUCCAACUUGAUUUUGUCGGGACAGAUUCUGUUGAAGUGAUUUCUUGAUUGAACAGGUCUGGAGGUAAUCAGGCUUAGGUGUGAUCGGUGAAAAUUAACCAGAAAUCGUGAUUUGCCACAAUUAAUUCAUGAUUUAACAAGGGGGGUAAUUACUUUUUCACACAGGGCCAGGUGACUGAAUAUUUGUUUUCCCUUAAUAAAUGAAAUCACCAUUUAAAAAUAUUUUAAGUUCAGUUGGGUUAUAUUUGUCUAUUUACAUUUGUUUGAUAUCAAAAAUUAAAGAGGAGAAACUAUGCAAAAAUAUACAAAUUUGAGAUGGGGACCAAUACUUUUUCACGCCACUGUAAACAAACAAUAAUUCACACUCACAUGCACGCCUAUGGGCAAUUUAGUUGUCAAUUAACCUACCAUGCAUAUUUUUGCAUUCAGGGACGUAACCGGAGUACCCUGGGAAAGUCCACACAGGCAUGGGGAGAACAUGUAUACACCAGUCGGCCACCAUGCUGCCUAAUUUAUGAUCAUUUGUAAAAAAAAAAAUAUAUAUAUAUUUAUAGGCAAAGUAUUUAGUCAGCCACCAAUUGUGUAAGUUCUCCCACUUAAAAAUGUGAGAGAGGCCUGUGAUUUUCAUCAUGGGUAUACCUCACCUAUGAGAGAGACAAUGAGGGGGAAAAAAACAGAAAAUCAGUCUUUUUAAAUUUUAAUUAAUUAAUUAACAUUAUGGUGGAAAAUAAGUUUUUGGUUACCUACAAACAAGCAAGAUUUUUGGCUCUCACAGUCCUGUACCUUCUUCUUUAAGAGGGUCCUCUGUCCUCCACUCGUUACCUGUAUUAUUGGCACCUGUUUGACCUGUCCACAACCACAAACAGUCACACUCCAAACUCCACUAUGGCCAAGACCAAAGAGCUGCCAAAGGACACAAAAAAACAAAAUUGUACAUCUGCACCAGGCUGGGAAGACUGAAUCUGCAAUAGGUAAGCAACUUGGUGUGAAGAAAUUAACUGUGGGAGCAAUUGUUAGAAAAUGGAAGACAUACAAGACCACUGAUAAUCUCCCUCAAUCUGGGGCUCCAUGCAAUAUCUUACCCCAUGGGGUCAAAAUGAUCACAAGAACGAUGAGCAAAAAUCCAGAACCACACGGUGGGACUUGGUGAAUGACCUGCAGAGAGCUCGGACCAAAGUAACAAAGGCUACCAUCAGUAACAUACUAUGCCGCCAGGGACUCAAAUCAUGCAGUGCCAGAUGUGUCCCCUGCAUAAGCCAGUACAUGUCCAGGCCUGUCUGAAGUUUGCUACAGAGUAUUUGGAUGAUCCAGAAGAGGAUUGCGAGAAUGUCAUAUGGUCAGAUGAAACCAAAAUAGACCUUUUUGGUAACAACUUGUGUUUGGAGGAGAAUGAAUGCUGAGUUGCAUCCAAAGAACACCACACCUACUGUGAAGCAUGAGGAUGGAAUCAUCAUGCUUCGGGGCUGUUUUUCUGCAAAGUGACCAGGACGACUGAUCCGUGUAAACGAAAGAAUGAAUGGGGCCAUGUAUCGUGACAUUUUGAGUGAAAACCACCUUCCAUCAGCAAGGGCAUUGAAGAUGAAAUGUGGCUGGGUCUUUCAGCAUGAAACACCUGCCGGGCAAUGAAGGAGUGGCUUCAUAAGAAGCAUUUCAAGGUCCUGGAGUGGCCUAGCCAGUCUCCAGAUCUCAACCCCAUAGAAAAUCUUUGGAAGGAGUUGAAAGCCUGUGUUGCCCAGCGACAGCCCCAAAACAUCACUGCUCUCGAGGAGAUCUGCAUGGAGGAAUGGGCCAAAAUACCAGCAACAGUGUGUGAAAACCUUGUGAAAUUUACAGAAAACGUUUGACCUCUGUCUUUUCCAACAAAUAACAAAGUAUUGAGAUGAACUUUUGUUAUUGACGAAAUACUUAUUUUUCUCCAUAAUUUGCUAAUAAAUUCUUUAAAAAUCAGACGAUGUGAUUUACUGGAUUCCCCCCCCCCCACACACACACACUCCCCUCCCCUCCCCUCAUUGUCUCUCAUAGGUGAGGUAUACCUAUGAUUAAAAUUACAGGCCUUUUUAAGUGUGAGAACUUGCACAAUUGGUGGCUGACUAAAUACUUUUUUGCCCCACUGUAUAUAUAUAUAUUUUUCGAUCUAUCGUCCACAUCAACACGGGUCGUUUUUCUCAAGUAAGUGUUUCCACUGAAAAAAGUUUAAAGCUGACAUGAUUAUAAACCCAGGAAAGAAACAUAUUGGUAAAAUAACAUUACUUAUGAAAUAAUUAUAUAAACAGCCGUCUUUUAGUAGUAUUGCAAAAAUAAUUUUUACUUAUGUAUAAAUUCAAGUGUAUUUGUUUUGCUGUAUAUCUUUUAACAAUGCAUGACUAUGAAGUUGUCGGCAUCAUGUGAAUAUAAUUUGAUGUUGAAAAUGUAUUUUAUAGGUAAUAUUUUAAUGAAUAAAUGGUUUGAAAGUCAA